AUGGCGAGCCUCGCUUCACGUAUUACAAACGACUUUGCGCCUCUAAACAUCUCUGCGCUUGCGUCGGUCAAUGGAUCAUCGACUAUACAAUGCUGGCAGCUGGCCGCAGUUCCAGUCGAAGCCAGAUCUGCACUCAAUUUCGAGCUUGGGAACACGACCGAGGCAACUUGGUCAAUCAUCCAGCCGCAGACUGUAGUAGGGGAGGCUUGGGCUCCGGCAGUACAACUGACCAUGGUCAUGAACGGGAUGAUUCAUGUCUCUGCACCAGCGGCACAGCACACGGGAUAUUCAAGUACAAAGGAAGGCUCCAACGUUGUCGGUGCAGUACCUCCGGUUCAGGGAUAUUUUGUUCCAGGUACCUUAUCAUCCUCGGUUCUCAUCGCAGCCGAUCUCAAGGCCACAAGCAACAUCGCAGGGCACUUCACCGAGUUCCCCGGCAAUGAGCCCACGGUAUUGGUCCAGAUACCUUUCGUCAAUAACGAGCCACCCAAGCACACGGUACUAUAUGACGGCCAGUGUAAAUGA